CCCCAUGUGUCAUCAUCUUUAACGACGCAGACGUAAAUCUGUGCUAAUUGAAACGUGGCCAUUGUAGUUCUGAGAAUGUGACGGACUGAUGGCGUUUAUAGUCUGGUCAGUAGAUAUUGUUCUGAAUUUCUCCGGAAACACUAGAGAAGUGGCAAAAGCUAUCGUUGAAUAAGCUAUAUAGAGGGGGAAAACAAUAUUUUACGAACAUGUUUCGUCGAGGAGAGUCAGUUGGAAGGUACAGUCAGAGAUGGCCAGUAGCUCAUCUUCUCCACAAUGGCGAAUUAUAGAGCGAAUUAUUUGCAACGCGUGCUUUGAAAUACACGAUGGUGAUCAACAUGUGCCCAAACUCUUGGAUUGCUUUCACCACAUGUGCAAAGCCUGUGUAGAGAACAGGAUUGUAGAUGGCAAGAUUAAAUGUGCUCUGUGCACCAAAAUGACAGACUGCCCCAGUGGCAGUUCUGAAGAAAUCUAUACUGAUGUAGACAAAAUGGGGUUAGUGGAGCAGCUCUUCAGGAUGUGUCACAUCAAUGCAGUCCCAUUGAAUUUCUGUGACAAAUGCAAGGAGGGAGCUGUUGAAGUGUGCAAGGUUCGAAUGCACAAGAUUUAUUACAUCACUGAAGAUAUUAGGAAGUACCUGUUGAAAAUCGAGUUUUUGCGGCGAGCGUACGAAAAAGAAACUAGGGCGGAUUCUGGCCUGCUCAAUGCGUUGAACUAAAUAGAAAACGGAACCAUUUAGAUUACCAUCUUGACUCGGGGAGAAACCGUUGACUGUACGUAUUAGAGUUGGUGUCUUUAUCUGCCUUACAGAUUCAAUAAAAAUUUAUUAUCACAA